CACCUCCAGUGUUUUGCAAGCAGCUAGUAAAUGAUUGCCAGCCUCUAUGACUUCCUGUGGGCAGCCCCCACUCCGCUGCAGAAGGCGGGUCAAGGUGGCACAGUGACCAGAAGGCAAGGCCAAGUUAAUGUUUGAGCAGAAGCGGCACGUCUCAGGGUGAGAAGGGGACGUGGCGCUGCAUUAGCGAGUUGUGUUGUGUUUUAAAGCACCCGGCUGCAUUGGCGUCUGUCUGGAUUUGCCCAUCUGGGUAGAACGGGCACAGCUGGACAAGCGGGCAUUGGAUUGAAUCCUAACCACCGAGUGCCUCCUCAGAGCAGCUUGUGUGAAAAGAGAUUUGGGGGCAUCAAGGCAGCUCUGCGGACCAUGGAGACCUGCAGCUCGGACACUCAAGAGAGCAGCCACAAAGAAAGCUGGGCAAAUGGAAGCCACUGGCAUCCCCAAGACAGACGCAGGGUGGCACAUUUGAGUCACAAGGAGCCCCGCAAGCGCCACUUCCACGGCGAUUCGCUCUGCCCGGUGUGCCUGCACGCCGCCUGCUGCCCGGUGGAGACGAACUGCGGCCACCUCUUCUGCGCGCCUUGUCUGCUGGCAUACUGGAGACACGGACCCUGGCUUGGCGCCAUUAGCUGUCCUCUCUGCAGACAAAAGGUGACCUCCAUGUACAGCCUCUCUGGUGACACUCGACGAGGUGCUCCAGAAGUGCAGGUGCUGCGGGACAUCGGGGACUACAACAAGCGCUUCUCGGGUCAGCCUCGGCCAAUGUCCGAUUAUCUCUACGACAUGCCGCUCUUCCUCCAUCUGAUGCUCCGGGGACUCUUCACCAUGGCCGGGCUCAUCUGGAUCUUCUGCUUGAGGAUCGUGGUUUGCUUCUUUGGCGCUGUCCUGUCCCUAACUCUCUCAGUGGAUGUCAUUCCUGAGCCGUUCUGUUGGGUCCUCGGGGCCGUUGACGACCUUGUUGUGGUAUUUCUGGUCCUGGCCUGCAUGAUCAACAUCCACCAGCAGAUGGCGCCAGACCGUGCAAAUGUCCAGAACAGCAGCAGCAGCAGCAGCACGCGAGAUGUACUGUAGGGGGCGAGCAGAACCUUCUGCGCAAAUCGAGAAGUGACGGCAGAGGAGCGAACGGGAAAAAUGUGUCACAAACCGUGGAGUCAAGUCACUGGGUCCCAGCCGGUCACACUGAGGAGGACAAGAAGGGCGACAAACCCCCUAAGACAUUAUUAUGGGGAGAGGAGGCACUGAGGCUCACCACUUUAUAGCACCCACUGACGCCCCCAGGAGCUGAUAUCGGCAGAGGAAUGCAGGGCUGUCUUAACGUAUGGGCACAAUGGGCACUGGCCGGGGGCCCACAAUGUUUCUGAUGCCCACGAUGUUUCUGUUUUCCUAUCAAAACGGGGGAUCCAGCGCAUUACUUUGCCCGGGGGGGGGGGGGACGUAUGAUGUUGUUAAAAUGGCCCUGAUUAGGAAGGGACUAACAGCCUUUGGAUUGGCUCUGAUAUCACAGGACACUCACUGGGCAACCGCCAUCCUGUACAGUGAGUGACAAACCUCACUGGUCACUAAUCUGUUGGUAGUGUGGCACGAUUUUGCCCAACUCUAGUAAACAGCAGACCCCAUGGUGAAUUCUCACUGGCACGAGCCAAGCGUUUUCAUCAUUUAU